AUGUCGGAGAGAAGAGGUUCAGUAUGUGAAGUAACAUCACCAGAAGGCCACACUACCCUUAUCGAGGAAGGAGAACCAGUGCAACCACCGAGGAGAAGGCCACGUGACCUCACUCAUCUCGCUCACUCCAAACCAGGAGCGUCCCCUACUGACAUCGGUGCUCCCCCCGCAUCUCCAGUGUUCAAGUUUCCCCCUCUUUGUAGGCGAUCCACUUCAGACCUCACUACUGCAUCCGGGCUUACAGAAGAGACCUUACUUUCUCGACGUCCAAGCAGCCCUAGGGGACUUGGCUACCUUGCUUCACGAAGGGCGUCCAGAGAAUCUGUAAUAGCACCACUUAGAUCUAAUUAUCUCCAACCACCAGUUGCUGAUCAUCAGAGACCUAGAGUUUGCUCAUUACCAGAGAAAGGAUAUAAUCCAAGGUACUCGGAUGAUCUGUAUAGAUUACGAAAUUUCUCUAUAACCGCUAAAGGUGUCGUCAAUUAUGGAGAUUCUAUCAUUGACAGGAGGAGUCGUUCCAACACAAGCAUCAACUCCACAGCAAGCAGCCUUUGUUGUUCCAGAGUCAGUCCUCUUUCGCCUUGGCAGGGAAGCUGCUGCUCGCAGACAACUAACAUCAGUACUGAAACUAUGGACAUCGCCAAGUACAGGAUAGUUCUUUUGGGUGAGUCUGGGGUUGGAAAAACUGCGCUUGUAUCUCAGUUCAUGACUUCAGAGUACAUGAAUACCUAUGAUGCUUCAUUAGACGACGAAUUUGGUGAAAAAACUGUCUCCAUCUUAUUAGACGGCGAGGAAUCCGAAAUGGUCUUCAUCGACCAUCCCAGCUCAGAAAUGUCGGUGGAAAACUCGUUGUCAACAUACGAACCGCACGCUGCAGUGGUUGUCUACUCAGUCGUUGACCGAGCUACCUUUAAGGCUGCUGAGGAAAUACUCAACUACUUGUGGAGGGAGAGCUACACCCAAGAGAAGACAGUUAUCCUCGUUGGGAAUAAAGUAGAUUUAGCCAGAGCAAGAGUUAUCACCAAUACUGAGGGGAAAUCAUUAGCAGCGAGUCGGGAUUGUAAAUACAUUGAGACCUCCAGUGGAAUACAGCAUAACGUUGACGAGUUACUCGUUGGUAUUCUGAAGCAGAUAAGGUUGAGGGAAACACGAGAAAAGAAGAAGAGCCGAAGACUUCAUUCUUCAAGGACAAGUCUGUCACUGAACAUGGCUAAGGAACUCCUCCAGAGGAUAUGCUUAUCAGACAGCAAGUCCAAAUCUUGCGAGAAUCUUCAUGUCCUUUGA